UAAUAUUAAAAUAUUAAUGAAAAUUGAAAGAGAGGCGCCGUACAUUAGAAGAAGAUUCAGUUUCAAGAGUGAGAGAGAGAGAGAGAGAGAGAGAAUCGGAGGAGAAAAGGAAGCAAUGGACGAGCAAGAGUUUCGUAGCAUCCUCCAACUCUUCCCCGUCGUACGCUCUCGCGACCACCGCGUUGAUUUGGAUUCUUCAGUUUCAAAGCAAUCAACGUCAGUUGUUGAGCGAGAGGUCAGUGUUAGCGAGCCCAAAGACUUGAAAGAUUGCAGGACUGAUCAAGAUACAUUCACAUUCUGGGAUAAACUCAGAGCGGCUGCUGCCAAGAAGGUUGGUGAGGUUGAAGCAGAGAGGUUUUGCAAGGCUUUCGAGAAACUCCACAAGAAACUUGUGUAUGAAGAGUUGGAUCCUGAAACUGCAAAGCGAUACUUAUUAAACUCUUAAAACUUCAUGUCUCUUCAUUACAAUAUGCAACCAAAGGUUUGAGAUUUUGUGGGAAUACUUCGACUCUCUUUUUACUUUUUGGAUUAUCGUAAUUAUGUAUGAGUAGUCAACAAUACAUUCUCUUCCCGUGUUCAUGUAAUGAUGAUUCUCAUCUUAUAUGGUAGAAAAAGUUAUGUUUGAGACAUGAUUAAUCAGGAUCUCUUGUUAAUUCAGUAAAUCUUUUUUACAUUCA